GUUGAUUAUGAGUGAAACACUAUAUGCUGUAUUACUUCUUUAAAGAAUGAUGUAGUACUCGCCUCUUGGGAGCCUCCGCGGGUGAGAGUACCCUCCAUGUCGUCCGUUUUGCGGUGGCAUGCCAGGGGUCUCCCUGGUGCUUUUUGUGCUGUCUGAUCUGUCCGAACGGCGCGCACCUAGACGACGUGCCUUGGAGGUCCGUGACGGAGGGACUGUGGCCCGGGCCGCCGUCAUCUGGAGUUGUCAUGUGCGCCCGCGUGAGACCUCUCGCGCAUUGCCCCGCUCACGAUGGCCAGACCGGGUCUGUCUGUCAGCGUCCUUCCCCCCACGCUGGGGUGCUUGGCUCGCGCCGGCCGACCGCGUGCCUCCUUGCAGCCUCCGCUGGCGAGGAGGCCUUUCUCGCCAUCCGUUUCGCGUUGGCCUGCCGUGGUUGGCUUCCCGAGGCACUCCGCACCUUUCGAUCUACCCGGACGGCGCACACCCGGGAGAUAUGCCUCAGGGUUCCAUGACGGGUGGAUCAUGGGCGUUGCGUUUGUCAGACUCCUCUUGCGUUGGGGUGGAGAUUGCGUGUCGUCGGCUGCCCGAGUGGUGUUGUUCGCUGUCAUACGUUGUUGGAUGUGCCCGUCCGUUUGGGGUCGGUUUGGUGCUCGUAUAUAAGGGGGUGGACCUCCUCUUCUCCCUACUUGCCUCGCAGCGUCGUCUGUUUCCAAGCCACCCGACAACAGCCUCUCGUAGGUGUUCGUCCCCUACAAUCUGCCGCCUUGCCAGAUAGAGUCGUCGUGCCACGAGAAUCUCGUCCUCCGGUCCCUCGCUUCGCUCCUCUCUAGAUUCUCUCGAGCCACCGCCGGCGGCCACUCCAGCCCCGGCAUCCACCAGCUGAAGCCCGACCCCUGCGGCAUGUCCUCUCCCACGCCCUCCGGCGGGGGCCGUCCCCGCGAGCUGCGCUGGCUGGAGGACAGCCCGCCACCCUCGGCGAGCCCGCUCCGCUCCUACCGCCAGGCGCUCUGCGACGAGCCCGCGCCUUCCCCUGUGCCGGCGACGGCGGUCGCCCCUAGGCGGAUCCCGCGCUCGGAGAUCCAACCCGUGCCCGUGGCGGAGGAGCCCGCGCCUGCCGACGAGACCGCCGGCUCCGCUCUCCGCGUCAGCGCCGGCCGAGACCCCGUCACCGCGCCCCGUCGCGCCGCCUGGCCUCCCCUCCUUCUCCGGUGCGUCGCGACUCCGACGACUGCUUCAAAUGCCUCUACCCGGGGCACCCACGCGCCGAGUGUCGCCGGGACUGGCACUGUCGUCGUUGUGGCUACUACGGCCACAUCGCCCACGCCUGCACCCAGCCUCGUCCCCGCCCCGUGGCCGUGGCUCCCCCGACCAAGCACCCGCGUCCGUGUUCCCCGGAGUCCUCGACCUCCAGUGUGGACGGGUGUUAGACUAUCUAUAGCUUCUGUACCUAUGUACCUAUAUGGUACAUAUUGUAACACAACCAUUAUAUAUAAUGAGAUAAGCCACCCCUAGAGGGUUGUGCUGGUU